GAUCUAAGUAAAAUUAGGAUCCUUCUGGAAACUAAAUCCUUCCCUGGUUUUAGUAAAAUAUCUAUCAUUGCCUUUUCACGCUCCAGGCUUCAUUUAUCCAAGGGGAUGGCUCUUUUGUUUGUUAUUUUACAAGUUAGCCAUUUUGCCGCCACACGGCUACACCUCCCCAUAUUAUUUUUUUUAGAGGGAGUGUGUAGCCGCGCCUCCCUUACCAAGUUAUUCAGUGGGCCAGGCCAGUUCGGACCAGUUCCUGGGGCAGCAGUCGGAACUGAAUUGGCAAGACGGCCGGACGUGUUUCGGGAGCAACUCCACACACGGUUCCAGCACAUGGUAGAGCUCAUAAAUCAGCCGGAAAAUGGAUGAUAAUACAGAAUUCUUGAACGAAAUGUGGCUGGAAAGUGUGGUCAUAGGGAGCUUUCGAGUGUGGCACAUUAUAGCCGCCGUUCUAGGCGUUUUCUUGUUAAUUAUGAUUAUGGUUUGCUGCUGUAUACGCUUCCGGAUCCCACGCACCAAACAGGAAAUCGAGGCGGACUACCAGCGCAAACAGAUCACAAAGAAGUUUCGCGAGAAGCUGCAGCAGAUCAAGAACUCCGAAAUGGACGACAUGGACCUGCAGAAGGUUUGUGCCCGCAUCCAGAGCGACUAUCUGAAUUUCCAGGCCAGCGUGGAGAGCAUGAAUGAGAAGCAGAAUGUUAAAUUUAAGAUCUAAGUGCCUGUUAUAGUAUUGUGCAUCCUUAAGCGAAAUGUUAGAAACCUAAUGCCUUAUAGUAUGAAAUUAUAAGUUAAUAAACUAGAAAAAGCAUCAUAUUCAUCUAAUGAAAAGCUAGAGAGUAAAAGAUGUGCUUGUAUAUUUUA